AUGUUACAUCGGACUCUUCCGUGUCCGAGACGCCUCAAAUUUCUACUAUCAGCUACUAAACACAAUCUACACAUCGCUCAGAUCCAAGCUUUCGUAAUCACUACCGGUCAUUUACUUCAUGGAAGAUCCAUUAGCCGAGACCUCGUCGCUUCCUGUGUACGAAUCGGAGAUCUCUCUCAUGCCCGUAAGGUGUUCGACCAAUUGCCUGACAGAAGUGUUUCUCUGUACAACUCCAUGGUCGUUGCGUAUUCUCGCGGCAACAAACCAGACGAGGUUCUCCGACUUUACGAUGAGAUGAUAUGUGAACGUAUUCAACCAGAUAGCUCGACUUUCACUAUGACGAUCAAGGCUUGCUUGAGUAGUAUGGUUUUGAAGAGAGGAGAGGCUGUGUGGUGUAAAGCAGUUGAAUGUGGGUAUGAAGAUGAUAUUUAUGUAUGUUCAUCUGUGUUGAAUCUGUACAUGAAAUGUGGGAAAUUUGAUGAAGCGGAGGUUAUAUUCGGGAAGAUGACGAAAAGAGAUGUUAUUUGCUGGACAACAAUGGUGACAGGGUUUGCACAAGCUGGUAAGUCUCUGAAAGCUGUUGAUUAUUACGGAGGGAUGCAAAAUGAAGGAUUUGGUAAGGAUAAAGUUGUGAUGUUGGGUCUCUUACAAGCUUCUGGUGAUCUCGACGAUGCGAGAAUGGGCCGGUCUGUGCACGGGUUUAUGAUACGAACAUGUCUUCCUAUGAAUGUUGUUGUUGAAACUAGCGUGGUUGAUAUGUAUGUCAAAGUUGGGUUUAUAGAGCUUGCUUCAAGGGUGUUUAGUAUGAUGAGGUUUAAAACCGAAGUCUCUUGGGGUUCGCUGAUCUCCGGUUUUGCUCAGAAUGGAUUAGCAAACAGAGCGUUUGAAGCGGUGGUGGAAAUGCAGAGGCUUGGGUUUGGACCGGAUCUUGUGACUCUUGUCGGAGUGGUCUCGGUUUGUUCGCAAGUCGGGUCGUUGAAGACAGGUAGGUCUGUGCAUUGUUACGUCUUGAAAAGGUUUGUUCUUGAUCGAGUAGUUGCGACCGCGCUGAUGGAUAUGUACUCGAAGUGCGGCGUUCUUGCGAGAUCGAGAGAGAUUUUCGAAAAGAUUGGAGAGAAAGACUUGGUUUGUUGGAACACGAUGAUGUCUUGCUAUGGAAUCCAUGGGAAUGGUGAGGAAGUUGUGUCGUUGUUCAUCAAAAUGACGACGGAAUCGAACGUAAAACCGGACCACGCCACUUUCGCAACUCUUCUCUCUGCUCUAAGUCACUCGGGUUUUGUGGAACAAGGCCAGUAUUGGUUCAGGGUCAUGAUCGACAGAUACGGUAUCGAACCGAGCGAGAAACACUACCUUUGUUUGGUCGAUCUUUUCGCGCGGUCAGGGAGAGUGGAGGAAGCUCUAGAGAUGAUAAGAAACUCUGAGAAGCUCGACAGUUCUUUGCCUAUAUGGGGAGCUCUUCUCUCGGGAUGCAUCAGCCACAGGAAUCUAUCGGUUGGUGACAUCGCGGCGGAGAAGAUCCUUGAGCUGAGUCCGGACAGCACCGGAAUCCAAACGCUGGUUUCGAACUUUUACGCGACUGCGAAAAGAUGGAAACAAGUGGCUAGAGUGAGGAGGUUGAUGAGAAUUAGUGGGGCGGUGGAGAAAGUGCCUGGUUCCAGUGUGAUUGAGGUUAAUGGUCAGCUUCGAAGUUUUGUCAUGGAGGAUCUUAGUCAUUAUGAGCAUCAUCACAUGUUGCAAGUGUUGAGGAACUUGAGCUCUGAGAUGAGACAUGUAUAUACAUCCAUUUUAUAA